AUGGAGUUUUUGCCUCCCUUUCAGCGGGUGGUACAGCCCGAGGAGAUGUGGCUUUAUAAAAACCCCUACGUGGAAGUGGAUCACGUACCCACGAUACCCAUGUUUUUCAUCGCAUUUCUGUCUCCCCUAUUGCUCAUUGUCCUGGCAAGGAUGUUCAUGAAUGCCGACCGAGAAGACACGCGGGAAGCCUGCCUAGCUGCCAGCCUUGCUCUCGCCCUGAACGGGGUUUUCACAAAUGCCCUGAAGCUCAUUGUGGGGAGGCCACGGCCGGACUUCUUCUAUCGAUGCUUCCCAGAUGGACGAGCGAACACGGAGCUGGUGUGCACAGGCGAUCCUGCCGUAGUGACUGAGGGACGCAAAAGCUUCCCCAGCGGACAUGCUUCUUUCGCCUUUGCUGGUCUCGCCUUCUCCGCCUUCUACAUAGCUGGGAAGCUGCGCUGCUUCGCUCCCGGCCGGAGAGGCAGGGCUCUGCGGCUCUGUGCCUUCCUCCUCCCACUGUUCCUCGCCACCCUCAUCGCUGUGUCCCGUACCUGCGACUACAAGCACCACUGGCAAGAUGUGUUGGUUGGCUCAGCCAUCGGCUUCGUGCUUGCAUACCUCUGCUACAGGCAGUAUUACCCUCCUCUGAUGGACUCCAUGUGCCACAAACCGUUUCUGUACAAAUCCAAACAACUGCCAGCGCACCAAGAAAAGCCUGCAGCUUCCAGCUUUCACCUAGAUAUAUAG